AUGGCAUUGAAUGGAAUGCAGCUGAUUUGAUCCCUCAGGUCACGUGGAGAAGUUUGCUGCAGUGUGUGUUGGUUCCGUUGGUUCAUCUGUCAGCAGAAAUCCAGCGUGGAAAACACCAGGAUACUGUCAAUGUCUCUGCUGGAAGACAUCGUUGAUCUACUGAGAUGUGUCCUGGAAUAUUUUGGAGUGCCACCUGAAAUGUUGGUUCCAGUGUGGGACAGUACACAUUGUGGACAGUACCGCAGCAUAGUCCGUAUGAUUGGGACAAACCUUCCUCUCUAUCCUCACCCACGGCUGCGGUUCCAGAUUCCUCUGCAGACAUUCAAUAGACAAGGGUAUAUUGAUGUGUCAGUGGAAACGCCAGCCAUUCCUACAUUAGCGGAUGUGCUUUGGCUGGUGGAGGAUGAAGGAGACAGCCACACUAAAUUCAGAACUGCCGUCCCUCUGAGGAAACACUGUGUACAACAAGGUUUUGAGAUUCCGUCAUUGGGGCGUGAACGUUCGCUGUCCGUGUCUGUUCCGGCUCAGAGGAGAGGCAGGGUGCUGGAGCAGGACACCCAGCCAGAAGCCCUGCAGAAGAUCUCAGCUCUGGAAGAGGAACUGCAGAAACUACGAGCACAGAUCGCCAUGAUAGUCACAGUUUCAGCAGGCCGUGCUGUUCUUCCAGCUGAUCCUGGCACUCCAUGCUCUACUCUACCUAUUCCUAUCCUCACUUCCACUCCUGUCUGUCCUCUUCCACCACCUCCACCCCCACUUCCUCCUCCGGCUAUGGCCAUCUGCGCGGAGGGGUCCGUGUCGGAGGUGAUUCGACAAAGACAGGCAGCAAAAAGGGAAAAGCUUGCACAGUGUGAUCCAUCUCCGGGUACAGCGCCUGCCGCCCUGCCCUCCAUGUUAGAGGUGCUGCGAGACCUGAAUCAGGUCAAACUGCGUUCUGUCGAGAGAUCUCCAGGUGGAACUCCAGUAAGGAGUCGGAGGAGUAAAGGCGUAGCAUGUUCAUCUGACCCUGCAGCUCUCAUCGCCGAAGCACUGAAAAAGAAGUUUGCACACAGAAAGAGAGACGAUUCGUUUGGUAAAGAGAACCGCUCAGCUGAGCCCUCUCCUUUUAGCAGUCCAGACACUCCCCGGAUUCUCCAUCACACCAGACGCAGCCAAGGACGCAUUCACCUUUGACCCUUGACCCUUGUCUUCCAUAAUCAAAGUUGUCAUGGACUGAUGUGACGGACAGAUUUCUUUUCAAUGUAUGUCUCUUUUUUUCCUUUUCCCCUUUCUCUCUGAAUUUAUCACAUUGCCCGCCUCCUGAAAACACUGUGCAUGUUUUUGAGAUUUUUACGCAGGCAUUGUAACUUUUGCACAUGCUUAUUUUUAUUUGUAAAUAUUAUAUACAAAUGACUUCUGAAUGACUAAAUCAGGUAUUGAUACAGGAUGCAGGUAAUUAUGUCACGAGAUGCUAAAAACUCAGUUUCUUUCAGCCACAAAUGUGGUAUUUAAAUAUGGUUUGAUCUAUGCAAUGCCUCUUUUUAUAUUUUUAUAUUUUAUUUAAAGCCUAGUUGGACAAACCAAGUUCUCAAAACAACUUACCAGUGAUGUUUUAAGUUUAAAAAAAUGGUACCUAUUUUGCUAAUAAUUCGUUCAUCCAUGUGUCUGCUGUAUUUUCAUCCUCUCCUACAAACUGUUUAUGCAGUAUCACUAUCAGAAGCAAUAAACAAGUUACAUGCCUUUCAAA